AUGUCAACCUUGCAGCGCAAAAGAGGUCAUUUGAGGAUGCGCCUCACGAUGCUAAAAAACUUUUUAAUAAACACGCUGCCCACGCGGCUUCCCGAAGAUUAUGAAACAACACAAUCUAUCCCUCCGUUACUUCGGAUGGAAAUAGAAGGUCGCAUGCUCAAGGCAAAUAAUAUAAUUAACGAAUUUUAUGAAGCUCAGGAUGCCAUCGAAGAGGCGAGCGAGGGCAUGGACGAUGUAGAGGAAUUAAAAAACCGUGAAGAAUUCGAAAACGAAUUUUUCGCAGUUAUGGCUCACGCACAAGAAAUAUUAUCGCGCGGACAAGCUAGGGAAUCUGCAAAUCAAAAUAUUCAAUCACAACAUAACGUUACAGGUAUGAUUCCUCCAUUUCAGGCUUCCGUUGUCUCGCCUAAGCCUCUUGGCGUAAAACUGCCUACUAUUAAGUUGCCAAAAUUCAACGGUGAAUUUGAAUCGUGGUUGGGAUUCCGUGACACCUUCAAAUCUCUAAUACACGAUAAUCACGCAAUUGGAGACGUAGAGAAGUUUCAUUAUUUAAAGGCGUCGGUAGUGGGUGAAGCAGAGGAGGUUAUAGAGUCCAUCGAGCUUUCUGACACAAAUUACGCAAUCGCAUGGAAUGCGCUUCGAGAAAGGUAUGACAAUCAAAGGCAAUUAAUUCACAAUCACGUGAAAGCAUUGUACAAUAUACAGCCAAUCGCAAAGGAAUCAUCCGCAAAACUUUUAGCAAUCAUUGACGAAGUCACAAAGCAUUUACGUGCAUUAAAGAUUCUAAACGAGCCCACAGAGCAUUGGGAUUCUUUAGUAAUUUAUCAUAUUCACACGAAACUAGAUAGAAAUACUUCCAAUGAAUGGGAGAAACACAAAUUAGCCUUGAAAUCCAAUCCAUCGCUUACAGAUUUAAAUAGUUUUUUAAGAGAUCGUGCUCAGAUUGUAAAAAAUAUGGAAUCGCAAUCUAAAUCGGAUAGUAAAGAUAUCAAAAUUGCGAAAGUCGCGACGGCCAAGUCCAAAUCUUUUCGCUCUCAAAAAUCCGCAUGCGUAAUAUGUAAAGGAGAUCAUUACAUACAGAAUUGUAGCACAUUUCUAGAACUUACACCGUUAGAGAGAUCAAACAAGGCCAAAUUAACUAAGAUUUGUCUCAAUUGUUUAAGAAAGGGACACGCGACUAAAGAAUGUUCCUCGGGCUCCUGCAGAAAAUGCAACGCCAAACAUAAUACACUGCUGCACUUUGACAAAAAUGAAAAUAGCGGUUCGAGCAAAGUUGUUAAAUCUAUGUGUGCGUCAUCUCGUAAUAAUAUCAAUGUCAUCUUAGCUACAGCUAUAACAACGUCUAAAGGACCCCAGGGAUCAAUACAAAUAAGAGCAACACUUGAUUCUUGUUCCCAAUCGAGUUUCAUAUCAAAUCGCUUGUGUGACGAGCUGGGUCUAAAGAAAAUUCCAGCAAAUCAUUACUUAGAUACUUUAAAUUCACUUAAAAUUUCCAAAGCAUUUACCUUUAGCAGCCCCUCAUUUCAUAUACCUGGCAAGGUCGAUCUGCUGAUCGGAGGCGCGUGGUUUUGGAGACUAUUAUGCAUAGGGCAAAUUGAAAUCAAUAAACAAGGUUUAGUUUUACAAAAAACCAAAUUAGGUUGGAUAGUAGGCGGCCCAACCUUUUCUCAAGUUUCUAAGUCCAUAAAAUGCAAUCUUAGCAAUGUUAAAUCGUCUAGCAAUAUCGACAUGCAAUUAAAAAAAUUUUGGGAAUUGGAAUCAAUUGACGACAAGGUACAAACAAGCCAAGAAGAAAACAGUUGCGAACAACAUUUCAGUCAAACCCAUAAACGGGAUACGAACGGGCGUUUUAUAGUAUCAAUCCCAUUUAAAAUAGAUCCGAAACAACUCGGAGAAUCGCGAAGCGUCGCAGUACGGCGAUUAAUUUCAUUAGAGAAACGAUUUCUUAAAGACAAAUCCUUUAGGGUGAACUAUUGCGCAUUCAUGCGGGAAUAUGAAGCACUCGGUCACAUGACUAGUAUUCAGGAAACAUCGCAUGAUCACCCUACGUUUUACAUGCCGCACCACGGUGUGCUUCGGCCGACCAGUACGUCCAAGUUGCGGGUGGUAUUCAACGGUUCAUUAAAGUCAGACAGUAGAUUAUCGUUGAAUGACUGUCAAUACAUACUUGUUUCCUCUAGCGAUCGUCCAUUGCAGCGCAUACUUUGGCGAGCAGAUCCAAAAGAGGAGAUAAAGGUUUAUGAAUUAAACACGUUAACGUACGGUACAUCGUCGGCAUCUUACUUGGCCAUUCAGUCGCUAAUGCAAUUCGCAAAAGAGUGUGAACAAUCCCUACCUGACGUCGCCAGGAUCAUUCGUACCGAUUUUUAUGUAGAUGAUCUGUUGACUAGUUUCAAUGAUAUUGAGGAAGCAAAAGUAGUUAAUCGAAAUUUGCGUGACGUGUUAACGUCAGGCUGCCUACCAUUAGCAAAAUGGGCUUCCAACGAAUCUUCAAUCAUAUCAGAUGUCGUAGGUAAGGAAGAUAAGUUGUCCAUAAUACCGCUGGGUGAAAACAAUGCGCAUAAAACGCUAGGACUGAAUUGGCAGACAGAUAAAGAUCAUCUCACGUUCUCGAUAAACCUCUCUAAGCAGUUUAAAGUUACAAAACGAAGCAUCCUUUCGGAAACUUCACAAAUAUACGAUCCUCUAGGUGUGUUAGCUCCUUGCAAAAUUCUGGCAAAAAUUAUUCUACAAAAAUUAUGGUUAGCAAAAACCGAAUGGGAUGAGUCCCCUCCAACAGGCAUUCAUUCCCAAUGGCUUGAGUAUCGCGGUCAGUUAGCGUGCCUAAACGAUAUUACAAUUCCUAGACAUUCUAUUUGCAGUAAUCCUGUGAGAAUUCAAAUCCACAGAUUUUCUGAUGCAUCACAGGAUGCUUACGGAGGAUGUAUUUAUAUAAGAUCGCAAAAUGCAACGAGAUCAGUUCAUAUUUCACUGCUAUGCGCCAAAUCGAGAGUUGCUCCCUUAAAGACAGAAACAAUACCACGGCUCGAAUUAUGCGGAGCAUUAACUGUCGCACGUUUAGUUUCAAAGGUUAAAAGAUCCAUGACUUGCAAAAUCGAUCAAAUUUUCCUGUGGACAGAUUCCACCAUUGUGUUGAGUUGGAUUCAAGAACAACCACAUAUCCAACCAGUAUUUGUCGCUAAUCGAGUAUCUCAGAUACAACAGCUAGAUCUCGAUGCACAAUGGAGACACAUAUCAACGGAUCAGAACCCAGCGGAUUUAUUGUCUAGAGGCGUAGCUUCAACGAAGUUGAGGAACAUGGAAAUUUGGUGGCAAGGGCCCAAGUUCUUACAGAGUCACGAAUCCGAAUGGCCUUAUGACGAAUAUCAACCUUCCAAUCAAGUCGUCUCAGCACUACAUGCUAGCAUACAAACAAAUUCCCCGCAUUAUGUUGCAGAAAUUGUAUCUCGUUACUCCAAAUUAUCAACUCUGCUCAGAGUAGUUUCCUACUGCUUUAGGGUGCUGAAACGCAAUCGACGACAAAAUAUUCGUGUUAAUGGAGAGGAGGCUAACCAAACUCUAUUAAAGUUAAUAAGACUAACGCAAGAGAUGGACUUUUCCGUCGAAAUUAAAAGCAUUAAAUUAGGAACUCACGUAAAAAAAGGGAAAUUGGUAGCAUUAAAUCCUUACUUGGAUGAAAAUUCCAUAUUGCGCGUUGGAGGUCGUUGGAGGAACGCGGACUUUGAAAUCGACAAAAAAUUCCCAAUUCUCUUGAGCUCUAAGAAUCGAUUAACAUUGCUCAUCUUUGAGCAAGAGCACAUAAAUUUAUUGCAUGGAGGCUCGCAGCUUCUUUUAUCUCACACGCGGGGAAGAUUUUGGACUCUUGGCAGCAGGAACUUAGCAAGAAAAGUAGUUAGAAAUUGUAUUACAUGCUUUAAAUCAAAACCCAGAACAGCCAUGGCUCAGAUGGGUCCGCUGCCUCUUCCUCGAGCUUCGCCUUCCCCAACGUUUCACAAUACCGGUGUAGACUACGCUGGUCCAUUUCAUAUUAAGGAUAGAAAGGGUCGCGGAAGUCGGACAUCCAAAUGUUAUAUUUGCUUAUUUGUCUGUCUUUCUACAAAGGCGCUUCACUUAGAAAUAGUGUCAGACUUGUCCGCGGACUCAUUUUUGGCAGCUAUUAGGCGUUUUACAGCACGUCGAGGCAAACCUCAGCAUUUAUAUUCCGACAACGGAACCACUUUCGUUGGCGCGAAUAAGGAAUUAGAUGAGCUCGGGAAAUUCUUGCGCAAUGAGCUCGACAUCUUAAGCCUAAAGGCUGAUGAGAUGGGCGUGCAUUGGCAUUUCAUACCUGCAUAUUCACCUCACAUGGGCGGUAUUUGGGAAGCCGGCGUGCGUAGCACAAAGCAUCAUUUGCGGAGGGUCGCGAGCAAUGCGUCAUUAACGUUCGAAGAAAUGUACACUUUAGUAGCUCAAAUCGAGGCAAUUUUAAACUCCCGUCCAUUGACCCCUUUAUCAAACGAUUCCAACGACUACAUACCCCUUACACCAGCUCACUUCUUAAUCGGCUGA